UCUAUUUCAUCGAACGAACUACGUAAUCACUUAAGGAAUUCUUCAUGCUUUAUCUUAUCACUUAAUCUCAACCAAAUAUUACAAGCAUUUCUUUUCAUUUUCCUAUACGUUCUAUAUUUCAUUUAUAUGUUAAACAGUUUAAAACGGAGAACGCGCCGCUCCUGUAAUGCGGAUAAAUUCUAUCCUGAUUGAAAACAAAUUGGAUGCGAGCAAAUACUUUACAAAGUUCUCAUAGAGGAAAUAAGAUUUAAAUUUAGAUGGAAUACGGAAUAUGUCAAUAAAAGCUGCCUUAGUAGAUCUUAGCGGCACUUUGCACGUAGAAGAUCAACCAACACCAAAUGCAGUAGAAGCUCUAAAAAGAUUACGCGAUUCGGGAGUGGCAAUAAAGUUUGUAACUAAUACCACUAAAGAAUCGAGGCAGACUUUAUUAAAUCGUCUUUUAGCGAUAGGAUUUCAAUUGCAAAAAGAAGAAAUCUAUAGCUCGUUGAGUGCUGCAGUGUUAUACGUGAAUAAAAACAAUUUGAAUCCGUAUUACUUGAUUAGCAAAGAUGCCCGAACUGAUUUCCCCGAUAAUGAUGAUAAACGCCCUCUAGACUCAGUAGUUGUGGGCUUAGCACCGGACGAGUUUUAUUAUGAAAAUCUUAAUAAAGCUUUCAAUAUUUUAUUGAAUAACAAGAAUGCUAAACUGGUAGCUAUACAUGAAGGCAAAUAUUAUAAACGCAAGGAUGGUCUAGCCUUAGGUCCAGGCUGCUUCGUUAAAGGCCUGGAGUACGCUGCCGGCGUCGAAUCGGUAUUAAUUGGUAAACCUAAUGAGUAUUUUUUUAAGAACGCUUUGAUCGAUGGCGUCAAUUUAGAUGAAUGCGUUAUGAUCGGCGAUGAUGUUAAUGAUGAUAUAAUGGGUGCAAUGAAGAUUGGUUUAAAAGCCAUACAAGUUAAAACUGGCAAAUAUUUACCCGAAAUUAAAGCCGAACCACCACCUACAGCUCUUGUAGAUAAUUUUUGUGAAGCUGUCGAUUGGAUAAUAAAAAACAAAUAAAGCUAGGAUCCAAAACAUGGACCGUCAUGUCGAGAAAUUGAAGAGUUAAAAAAACGUUGGACCUGAACGUAAAACGACUAGUUUAAAUAUCUUGUACAUUUUCUUGAGUAUUCAAGCAAGCCGUCAAUGGCAAUGAUGGAUUGACCUACUACAACAUUGUAGCAUUAUCGAUUUAUCGCACUCUACCACUUUAUCAAUAACUUAUGCUAAGUUUACACUUUAUUAUAUUUCCUCACAACGCAAGACUAACAAUAACCUAGUUAAGAUCAGUUCUACACAUUUCAACAUAAUGCAACACCAGCAAUUAAGGUAACCCAAUUUACCUAUAACACACAUUACAUGUAGCUUUAGUAAUAGCCUAGUUUAAUUGUACUAUUUUGCUUAAGUUAGCGUAAUAAUUUAUUAUAUAAUGUACUGACCACACUUCAAACAAACAAAAGAACCUGUAGUAAGUGUUUUCACUACAAUAUAAGCAUAAACAUUACAAAGAAACUGAAGAAGAUGGCAAAUUUGAGGGUUGGGAUAGCGAAAGUAAAAGUGAUAUCUUCGAUACGCAAAAACAAGAACUCUGCCAACUUUCACCUGAAAUAUCUGAGAUAAGCGAUUAAUACUUAUUACAAGUCGAAAUAAAAUAAAUCCUUGUGCAAAUUUUAAUAUUACUAAUAGAUUUGUGGCUUAAUAUCUUAAUGAUCAAAACAGAAACCACAAGUUAGCCAAUCAGCUGAUCAAAACAUAAACCACAAACGGCGCACUUGCAUGAAUUAUGAUCAAAACACAAACGACAAACGGUGCACUGUCAUGAAUUAUGAUCAAAACACAAACUACAAGUUAGCCCAUCAGCUGAUCAAAACACAAAUCUACAAACAUCUUGUCUUUUGCAACAAAUUUGCAUCCACAUCGAAGUGUAUGGAAUAUAUCCCGUCAUCAUAACUCAAUAUAUGACCAGCAAGAGGAAGACCUGUAAAAUAUAUGAACAGCUGUAAAAUAUAGCAACAGCUGUAAAAUAUAUGGGAGAUAAUGAGAUAAUUUUAAUAUUGUAUUUUUUAUAAUCACCAAACAUUUUGAAUAAAGUUAAAAAAAAGAAAGAAACGCAACAAUAUAUAUAAAGUUUUUAUCACAUUUUUAUUUCCAACCUCAACUUCAACUUCAUAAUUGACUUGUAAGUGAAUUUUAUAACUUAAUCUAUAUAAUUUUUUGCCUAGGAUACCUUAUUUUUCUCUAUUUCGUCCAUAGUAGUUUUUCAGUGCAUGUCAUUUUAUUUUGGUGCAUUGCUGAAUUAUUGAAUGUGAGACUACCAAUAAAAAUAAAGCAAAACAAACUUAUAACAAAGAGAUCAAACGAAACGCAAACCGUAAAAUAUUAGAAUGAUUUUUUUCAUUUGUAUAACAAUAGCUUUCGUUGAUUAUCUAAACUUUAAUAUUAUUUAACGUGUGUUCCCGAAUCCGUUUCCAUUAUAUUCUUUAGGUAGUAUAUAAAUAAUUUGAACUGCAUUAUGAACUCCGAAAACCCCUAAAAUCUUAUCAGCUAGCCAAGAACUAAAAUAAAAUAAAUAAUGGUUCCAAAGCGGAAAAGGAAUAAAUUGAAAAUUUCGACAUGUUACUUAUUACCUAUUUUUACCUAUUACCUAUUU